AUGGCGGGAGAACACUUCAUGGAGGUGAUCCAAGAAUUGGCCGAUUCACUUGGUGGUAUGGAGCCAACCCCGCAGCAACUUGCCGAAGCUACUGGUGUGAAGGUCAAAGAGGCCAGAGACAUCCUCAAGGACUUGAAGGAUGAGCUUCCGCCUAUGAAGAAACAAAGGAAGUCAAAGGCAGCUGCAAAGCCGAAGGCUGCUCCUGCAGCGGCUCCGGAGGUGGAGACAAAGCACCCGUCGGAUGCUCCAGCUGACGUGCCUGCUCCUGCUAGCGAAGCCGAGCCUGCUGAGCCUGGACAACCAGGGCUGCCUUCGGCCCCGGAAGCUGCUGAUCCCGAGACGCCGCCGGUGGAACCCGAGAUCCCAGCCACGCAACCUGAUGCGGUGCCUGAAGGAGAAAAUGGGAUGGUAACGCCUCGAAGGCAAAUCAGCUUUGUGAGUUCUGAGAGGGAACCAGGUGAGCCUGCAGUGAUCACCCCUCCAGCGGUGAGUGAGCCGCCCCAUGAGACCGCCGUUGGUCCAGUGGAGCUGCCCAAGGAGGAGAUGGUGGUUGCCGCCCAGCGUGCGGCUGCGCCCGUGGCUUUGCAAGCUGUGGAUGCCAACAUGGAUGAGGGUAAAGUCACCACCAGCUCGCACCGCAAGCAGUACAUGGUCCUCCAGCGUGUUGCAAAUGGUCCUCGCGCCGCUGACUUCCCAGAGUUGGUGAAGAUGUUUCGCGGGACCAAGACUGAGAAGCUUUCAGCCUUGAGGGCAUUUGUGUCUUCAGGGGAGAACCUGGAAGCUGUGGAGAGCACGUUUGCAUCUCGCCGAUUGCAAUCGGAAACUUUGUCUAAGCUGCGCAGAUGCCUGACCAUCAGAGAAAUGCAACAGCUUGGACGCAGCACGCGCAAGAUUGAGGCCGUGGUUGCGAAAGGUGGUGUGCCAGAUGCAGACGCACCAAACGAUCCCGAUAGCAUGAGAUAUUGGGUGACCCUUGGCAUGGAAGAGACCAAUGUGGAAUCCACGGAGACUUCUGUGUCGAUUUCAGGGCAGGUGCGCAACCAGCAGGCCAUGGAGGCAUUGAGUUCCAAGAGUGUAGCAGCUCCUUUGGUAACCGUGCCUGACCCCAAUGAGAUGGUGCGAAACCAGCUGGCAGCGGCUGCAGCCUCCACAGCUCCGUCAGUUGGGGACGUUCGCAUGCAUGUGGCUCAGCUCCAAGCUGUGGUGAAAGAGCUGAAGAAGUCAGCUUGGCAAGUCUUUGGAUUUCUGAGUUCUGGGAACAUGUCUGAACACGUUUGCUGCCAGGGGCUACGUCCUGCCUUGAGCCCUGUACAGGUUGUCAAGCUCUUCGUCGUGCCCUUGAUGAAAGGCUUGCAGCUGUUUGGCGAUGAGGCGCAGAUCCAAGGUACUUCGUACAUGGCCCUGCACUGGUCUAGUGAACAGAGCCCUUAUUGGAGCAAAGCAAAACGCUCCAAGUUCCUGAUCGCCUUGGUGAAAGAAAGAUUACGAGCAGCCAGCAGGCAAAUCGUGCAGUGGUCCAGGCAUGGGUUGAAGAAGUUGCCCAAGCAUUGGGUACUGAACCGCUUCAGGUUAUCAUUGACAUCACAAAAGUUUUGCCACCUGACAGGGAAAGGUUGGCAUACAGACGUUGUCCUGAGGUUUCUUGAAACUUUCUUGCAGCGACCUGAUGUGAUUUGCGAUGAUGUGGUGAAGACCACAGUGUGGAGUGCUGUCAAUGUGAUUGAUGUGCUGUUUGCAUCUCGCCGGGACCAUGGCCUCUUUAUGGAGGAGCAGGACAUUCAACAAGUCCGAGCUGUUGGCUCCAUAUUUUGCAGUAGCUACCUCCAGUGCCAUCAAUCCUAUAUUGGGUUUUGUCCUUACUACAUGUUCAACAUUCGGCCUAAGUUUCACCUAUAUGUGCACCUUCUUGAUUCCACGUUGCGGCGCAAAAAUCCUUUGGUUGGUGCCACAUGGCUUGAUGAAUCUUGGAUCAGUGACAUCAUGACCAUCGCCUCCAAAACUCACAAGAAGAAAACUUUCUCCUCGACGCUACAGAGGUACCUGGCAGGACGGACGCAGGCUACGCUGUUUUUCUUUUCCGUUUUCCUUUUGUCUUCCUUGCAGGACUCAAAACUGAGUUGGAGCAGUUGCUGCGUGGGGGCCUCAGUUGGAUAA